AUGCUGCAAAAACUCAGCGAAGGCACGAGAGCGGGCUACGAGGGGGGAUGGCGGCUCUGGGUAGCCGUGCGCCAGGCGCAGGGGCUUAGCCCUUGGCUCCCAGGGCGCGACCGCGAGGAGCGCCUAGCCGAUGAGGAGGCGCUCAUCAACUUCGCCGUCCUCCUCGCGCGGGUCGUCGGGAGGACCGAGGGGGCCAUCAAGCAGAAGCUCUUUGCGGUGCGCUACGCUCACCUGGUAGCUGGCUACUCGGACCCCCUGCUCCACAGAGCCAUGCUCGAGUGGCUCCGCGGCUUCCCCCAGCAAGAGGCCGAGCUCCCCGAGGAGGACGCAGAAGUCAUCUGGGCGGCGAUCGUGACGGCGUUCUUCUUCCUCCUGCGGGCCUCAGUUUAUCUCCUCCAGGACGGGCGCUCGUGGUCCUUCGAGCGCGUGCUGCACGGGGAGGACGUGGAGCCCAGAAAGGCCGGCAAACGCGUGCCCAGCUUUCAGGGCGCCGACGAGAUGGUGAUCUACAUCAAGGGCAGCAAGACGGACCAGCUCAACGUCGGGACGGUGAGGAACCACUACCGCGCCGGCACGACGCUCUGCCCGAUCGCGGCGAUGGAGCGGCUCCAGGCUCACCAUCCCCAGCGGAUAAAGGGCACCGAAGAACGGCUGCCCAUUUUCCGCUGGGCGUCAGGUACGCCAAUUCGCAGGGCCGAGGUGCAGCACUUCCUGACGGUCGCGGGGCUGGCCGCCGGGCUUUCCAGGGAGGAGAUCGGCAGCCGCUCCUUGAGGAUCGGCGGAGCGACCGCGAUGUACCACGUGACCGAAGACCUCUCCCGGGUGCGCCGGCUCGGGCGCUGGCAGUCAGACGCGUUCCACGGCUACCUGUGGGAGUCGCACGAGCCGACGAAGGGCGUCUCCAGCAAGAUGGCCAGGGACACCUCCUCGCUGACCAACCCGGCGAAGGACGGCGCCCCCGCCAGGGCCGCCGCCGGCGCCGAGGGCGCCAGGC